ACACUUUUGAAAUAUAAGUAGUGGAGAGGAUAUUGUUUAAAUGAAUCUGAGUAGGUAAAGGCGCGAUUGUACCAAUGCUCUGUGAUUACGAGUCAUCAGUGGUGAGUGUUGUUUUGGCAAUGAGAUGUGUUCAUUUUACAAUUAAAGCAUUCUUCGGAUGAUGGAACUAUAGACGAUCAACGGCAAAGCAGCAAAAGAGCAACAAUGACGAAGGAUGAAAUGCGCAAUAUGGCUUCAGUAAAGCACGAACUUUCACCCAAACUCAAGUCAAAUAAAAGUUCUCCUGUGUUAUCCAAACUACCCGCUUCUUACUCUGUUGAGAGCAAACGUCGUUCAUCUAGUCGGGAACAUAGCUCUUCCAGGAGACGACACAAGAAAAGGCAUUCAUCUAGAUCCAGCCGUAGGAGUUCAAGCAGACACCAUAGAAGUUCUUCAAAGCGCAAACGUUCUCAUCAUUCAAAACAUAAACAUUCGUCUAAAAAACAUCAUCGCGACUCCCACUAUCGAGACCGUCGUAGCCGUCAUCGCCACAAGCACCGUCGCCAUAGUUCAACGUCAACCUCCAGUUCAUCCAGUGAUUCUAGUUACGACAGCAGGUCGCGUCACCGAAGUAGUCCAGAUGGUAAACGAAUCACUCAAGCCUCUACAACAAUUCCGAAAGAUUCUAAUUCUCGGCCCAGAACAGAAAACCACGUCGUCACUUCAACAGCGCCAGUCAUCUCGACCACGAAAGUCGCGGACGUAGCUAACUCGCCUGCGAUUCCUAGUCAAGGUGUCUCCACAAAUACUACCCUUCAAAAGCUGACAGCACAAGAUAUUCUGGAUAAAAUUCAAAAGCAUCAACAGCAGCAGGCUAAAGCCCAAGCAUUAGCUGCGGCAGCGGCUGCUAAUCUUCCGAAAUACUAUAAUCCUACGACGGUUAAUGCUGUUAAGCUGGCUGAGCAACAAAAAAAGCGUAAAUUGUUAUGGUCAAAAAAAGACAAUGAUAACACAAACUCUGACAGCAAGACUUUGUGGGCAACCACAUCUUUAAUUGCUGGGAAAGGUGAUUCUGCCGCUGCAGCUAAAUUCCGAAAAUUAAUGGGCAUUCACGACACUACCGAAGAAACUGUGGACGGAAAUACGUUACAAGCAGAUGAAACUGAAGCUAUAAAGCGUGCUGAAGCUCAGGCAGAACUAUUCAGGCGCCUAGAGCAUGAAUACGAAAUGUCUCGUACUAUAACUCACACACAACGGGGUGCUGGUCUCGGUUUUAGUUCCGCUAGUCAUGUCGACUAUAGUGCAUAUGCUGCAAUGCAACCUGACAAAGAUAAAAACCCUAACUUUUAAUUGUAUUUGACUCAUUUCUUAUCUCAUGUACAGCUCAAUAAUAAUAAUUUCUCUUAUGCUUC